CCCCGACCUUAACUCUCUAGUUAGUAGUUCUAUUUUUUUCCUCCAAAAAUCUCACAUUUUCCCGAAUCGAUAGCAAGUGAGAUCAGAAGAUGCCAGCGGUUGCUCCACGUUCUGGUGAAGCCAUUUUCGCAAGUGGUGAACGUGUUAAUUCGGAGCUGUUCACAUUAACAUAUGGAGCAAUAGUUCGUCAAUUGCUUACGGAUCUUGAAGAUGUUGAUCAAGUUAACAAGCAGCUUGAUCAAAUGGGUUAUAAUAUUGGUGCUCGAUUGAUUGAUGAAUUCUUAUCAAAAUCAAAUGUUUCCAGAUGUGUGGACUUCAAAGAGACUGCUGAAGUAAUCGCAAAGGUUGGGUUCAAAAUGUUUCUGGGGGUGAGUGCAGCAGUCAGCAUCUUGGAUGCUGAGGGAACAACUUGCAGCUUAGUCUUGGAGGACAAUCCUUUUGUAGAUUUUGUGGAGCUCCCUGACACCUACCAAGGCCUUCAUUACUGCAAUGUUCUAAACGGUGUAAUCAGAGGAGCACUUGAGAUGGUGUCUAUGAAGACUGAAGUGACCUGGAUUCGUGACAUGCUUCGUGGGGAUGAUGCAUAUGAGCUUCAAGUUAAACUUUUGAAGCAAAUCCCAGAAGAAUACCCUUACAAGGAUGAUGAGUGACUCAUUGUCUUUACUCAUUGAUACCGCUACAACAUCACCGUAUUCAAUGUACUUUCUGAAUAAAGAGAGAAAAAGAAAAAAAAAAAACAACAAUUUACCCUUUUUAUUUUAAAUUAUUUCAUUUGUUGUUCUAACCAAAAAAAAAUAUUUAUAUUAUAAAUUUUAAACAUAA